AUGUUAGAGGGUGUCAAGCAUAUUUUUAUGGUCUUGUCAGGCAAAGGUGGUGUUGGGAAGUCAACAGUUAGUACACAAUUGGCUCUAGCUUUAAAAGUAUCUGGAUUUAAGGUUGGAAUCCUGGAUGUUGAUCUAUGUGGUCCCAGAUUUCUUCUAAAAAACCGCAAUGACAGUGUCGUCUGGAGAGGUCCUAAGAAGACGGGAAUGAUAAAAGAGUUUCUAACUGAUGUUGCUUGGAAUGACAUCGAUUAUCUGAUUAUUGAUACACCUCCUGGAACUUCAGAUGAACAUAUUACGGUGAUGGAAAAUUUAAAAGGAGUCAAGUGUGAUGGAGCUAUUAUUGUAACUACACCUCAGGCAGUUGCUGUUGAUGAUGUCUUAAAAGAAGAAUGUACAAAUAUAUUUUCAUCUGGAGGAGGUGUUGCUUUAUCUGAGCUGGUAAAAGUACCAUUCCUAGCAAAAUUACCAAUUGACCCGGCAAUUGGCAAGCUAGCUGAUAAAGGACAGAGUAUUUUGAUUUCUAUGCCGGACAGUCAAGUAGCCCAAGUGUUGAGAAAACUCGUUGAAGAAUUAACAAAAAGUAAAGAAGCUUAA